AGAGGAGCAACCUGGUUGGGGUGCAGCACAUCCUGCUGGUGCUCUCUGGAAAGGGCGGUGUGGGGAAGAGCACUAUCUCCACCGAGCUGGCUCUGUCGCUGCGGCACUCCGGAAAGAAGGUGGGGAUCCUGGACGUGGACCUGUGUGGCCCCAGCAUACCCCGCAUGUUCAGGGUGCAGGAGAACGGCGUGCACCAGUGUGACAGUGGCUGGGUCCCUGUCUUUGUGGACCAAGACAAGAGCAUCUCGCUCAUGUCCAUCGGCUUCCUCCUGGAGAAGCCAGAUGAUGCCGUGGUGUGGAGAGGACCCAAAAAAAACGCUUUGAUAAAACAAUUUGUUGCUGAUGUGGCCUGGGGGGACCUGGACUUCCUCAUUGUGGACACGCCACCAGGCACAUCUGACGAGCACAUCUCCACAGUGGAGGCCUUGCGACCCUACAAGCCGCUUGGAGCAAUUCUGGUCACAACACCCCAGGCUGUGUCUGUGGGAGAUGUGAGGCGAGAGCUCACGUUCUGUAGGAAGAUGGGCUUACGAGUUCUUGGCAUUGUGGAGAAUAUGAGUGGCUUCGUCUGUCCGCACUGCUCGGAGUGUACAAACAUCUUUUCCAAAGGGGGAGGUGAGGAGCUGGCCAAGCAUGCUGGGGUCCCCUUCCUAGGCUGUGUUCCCCUGGACCCCCAACUCAGCCAGAGCUUGGAAGAAGGCAGAGACUUCAUCCAAGAGUUUCCCAAGAGCUCUGCCUUCCCUGCCUUGGCUCAUAUUGCCCAGCAGAUCUUGGAUGGUACGUUGCAACGGAGCUCCUGAGGAGGGUGUGGAGCUGGACCCUUGUCAGCUGAGCCCUUAGCCUGGCAGCACCACCAGCAGCCUGUGCCGGCGAGGAAGGGGGAUACAGAAGCUGUUUAACUA